AUGACAGCCAUCUUCGGCUGGAUUGGCCUUCUGCUCUGGUGCGUUGUGCAGCUGGCCAUAGCAGGAGAUGUGCCUGUUCACAUUCGUCUACGUCAUGGAUGGCAUAACUACACGAAUGCAGCUACACAUGCCUCCACGUUUGUGGAAAUGAUGGAGGCUGCCCAUGAAGUCUUCCCUAAUGAGCUCUUCGAUAUGGUCUCACACGUAUGGCCAGCGUGCGGCAAGGAUACCACGAAAGUCAUGCGUACUGCAGGCCAUAAAGAUCUUUUUGAUUCCAUUGAAGACUUUCUGCGCACUUACGCUACCUCUGUUGGGAUUCCUCGCGUGGAAGAGCGCCUUGACGAAUGGCGGAUCCAUGUCGCGCAGCACUGGCAAGCGCCUCGUGUAGAGUCCAUGUACCAGAUCUUCAACACAAGUCGUGAACUUCAAGGUCAUUCCCCUACUUGUGAUACGUUUGUCUACUUUGACGACCGCGUGCUUUGCUCACCCAAUGACCUUCGCGCUGCUAUCACAAAGCCUCCUCGCACACUUCCCACCGUAUUUCCGCACGAUCAUGUGUAUCCUAGUGGGCAGUCCGCUCUUCCAGCUCUCAUUUUGUAUGCGGAUCCGUACUCUACCACGUUUGGUGCCUUUCACUCGGAGCUGAUGACGCUGGCUGGCGAGCAGCGGAUUCGAUAUGUACUGCGCUGGCGCCCCACGCUCGCCACUGUAUCAGAACCACGAUCGACGAACUACUUUUCGGGUUUUGGCGCUUCGAUGCAUUUAAAAAAGGUGGACUACCUGGUCUUAGACGACCGACAGAUUGAUGCGGCAGAGGCUUCGGAGGCUGUGCCUAUCCAGUCUGAUCGCAUUGGGUCUCUGUACAGAGAUGUGCAAGACCAAUUAUACUCACUCGGUGGUGAACGUACCUCAUCGGUUCAAGAGGCCGUUUUGAAGCAGAGCAACUUCUCCUUAGUCGAUGGUUUGUACCUCGGUCAGGCAGCUGCGCACGCCAUUCUUACUGCAGAGGAUCCCCUUUCUACUAUGGAAUCAAUUGUACAUGAUUUCCCUGCGCAUGCUGUUGCCUUACAAGCGUAUGCAGCACACCUUGCAGAAAAUGACCCUAUCAUCGAGUACCUCAACGAACGUAACUAUCGAUUGAUUGGGGCUGGAUCUUCUCAGAUUUGGAUCAACGGUCGGGCAGUGCCCAAGUCCGACUUGGAACUUUUGACCUUCUUCAAAAGUAUCCAGGAAGAACGCCGCCUCUUGGACGACUUUGGAGCUCCUGAGCUGGGUGUAUCCCCGGAAGGUGUAGAAUCGCUCCUCACUCAAGAAGCCAUCAAUCUACAAUUUUCACCCUCGCCUCGGGAUAUUGUUCUGUAUGAUACCAGUGAUACUAUCGAGCAGGAAUCCGGUUUUGGCACGACUGUAAUUGCAUGGAUUAACAAUUUGGAGUCGGAAGAGUACAAGCUAUGGCCCAACACCUUGGAAAUGAUGAUGGAGUAUCGAUGGCCAUCUGGCUUUCCCUUGAUCGCGCGCAACUUUUUCCAGGUCGUAAUGCUUUUGGAUGUAGGUCAUCCCGAGGCGCUUGAGUUUAUGAGCGAGGCACUGGAGGCGAUGAUGACAGACUACCCUUUCCGUUGGGGUCUUGUACCAUUGCUUCGUGACGAUGCAAGUGAAGAGAUUGCACAGGUACUGUGGCAUGCUAUCAAUAUGCUUCAACCACGCGAGAUCGCUCCUUUCCUCUUACACCUUGCCAAAGGACCAACAGUAAAUGGACGUGUGGAUCCAGAGGCAGCUCGUGCUCAUCUGGGAUCGAUAGUCCGCAAUAUCAAGAAGCGUGGUAUAGAUUUGGUGCAGGAGUUUGUGCAUUACAAGCAAGUAUCGCCUUUGUUCAAAUACCGACUUGAGCUUGCUCAUGCGUAUGUCGAGCGUGUGUACCCGAAUCCGCGCCCCGGCACCUACGGUGUUGCUUUCUUAAAUGGCCAAGAGAUUUCGCUGUCAGAGCGCUUUAUCGAGGAUCUAGCUUCGGCUGUGAGCUACCAGCUGCAUCUGGCACACGACGACAUCACGCGUGGUCGUAUCGAAAAGACAGAGAAUUAUGAGACAUACUUUUUCGAUCUCAAGGGCACAGUAAAGGAGCGUUCGCAACUUGCCGACAUGUUGGAGGACGCAAAAGCAUUGCUUCGUCCCUACAAAUUUGUAUCGCUUCCAGAAGUCUUCCGACGUCUCGGCUCCCUGGCUGACCCACUUCGUCACUUUUUGUACGAUCCCAAAGCGCAUGAUUCGUUGGUCUCAUUACGUGUUGUCGGUGAUAUCGAUUCGGAUGUGGGUCGGCACAGCGUCGUGGAAGUGCUCAAAGCGAUGGAGGCGGAAGGGCCUUCGUUCCGUGUCUCUUUCAUCCAUACUGGUGCUGACCACGGGGUUCUUUCGCACUUCCUCCUGUCAGCAAUGAUGUCAGGUGCGCUUAGCGACAUCCCUCCCUCUCGACUUCGCUCUGCGAUUGAAGCAGCGGAUAUUUCGUCUGCACUUGAUGCGCUGUCCCAUGAGUUUACGUCGCCCAAGUCCGAUAUGGUAUGGUCGCAGAUUGCUCCUACCUUUGUAUCUGCGGCCGGGCUGGAUGUGGGACUUCUUCCGACGCUGAUUUUGAAUGGCCAGGUUCUUCCUCAUAUCCGCCACCUCAAAGCACGUGAAGUUACUGCGGCUGUGGAAUGGGAACAACAGAAGCAUGUAUCUACAUUGCUUAACACCUUGACUGUGCCUGAACGCCCUCGUGAUGUGCGUGCACAGGUAGUCGAGUUUGCUACUGCGAUCUUAGGCAAGGUUUUUGUCAAGCAAGUCACAGAUACAGGGUCCAGCGAGGCCUCUAGCAAUCCACGCGUGCCUAUUGCACCUCUUAUUGCGUCGUCGCCCGUGGCCUUCAAGGUAGGUGAUGCCUCUGCUGCUAUCCAUGUUUCUGUGAUUAUGGACCCAAUUGCGGAAGAGGCCCCUCAGCUAACGUCUAUCCUCCGCAUGCUAAGCUCUGUUCGAGGUGUACGAUUGUCUAUUCUUAUGAACCCGCGUAUGCGUGUAACUGCGAUGCCGCUUCAGAGGUUCACUAGGUAUGAUGUGCGAAUUCGACCAGAGUUCGAUGCUCAAGGGCAUGAAAGGAUUCCUGGGAUUGCGUUUAAUCAUCUUCCCCAACAAGCCGUGCUUACUAUGCAAUUACACGCACCGCGUAGCAUGGUGACCAUGGCUGAUGAAGCCAUCUAUGACCUGGAUAAUAUUCGACUCUCUGAUGUACAUGGCAGUGUGGAUGCCAUAUAUGCCAUCAAGAGCCUCUUGCUCGAAGGAUAUGCACAGGCUUUGCCGAAUAGCAUCCCACGUGGACUGCAACUUGUACUAGAGACGGAUGAUCAGUCGACACAACUUGAUACGAUUGUGAUGGAAAAUCUGGGCUACUUCCAGUUCCGUGCACAGCCAGGCCACUGGCACUUAUCUAUCCGUGAAGGCCGCAGCAGUGAUGUGUACGAAAUGCUGAGUGUAGGUUCCCAAGGUUGGAGGAGUCCUCCAGUCAAUGAAACCAGUUCCUCAGUGCUAAUCGAUUCACGUUUAGGAUUGACUGUAUUCCCGCAGUUCCGCAAACGCCUUGGUAAAACCGUGGAAGAGCUCAUUUCAGAAAGGCCCAAGGAUGAUUCAGGUCUAGCAUCUGUCAGCCAUGGUCUGCAAAAGCAAUGGGGCAAGGCGCUUCGUCUCUUGCGGGGUACAAAGUCCAAGCACGCUGAUAUCAAUAUCUUCACGCUUGCCAGCGGUCAUUUAUAUGAGCGCAUGACAUACAUCAUGAUCCUGAGCGUUUUGCGGCACACAAAGAGCAGUGUCAAAUUCUGGUUCGUGGAAAAUUUCCUGUCUCCUUCAUUCAAGGCCUUUAUUCCGCAUUUGGCAGAAGCGUAUGGGUUUAAGUACGAACUUAUUACAUUUGCCUGGCCGGAAUGGCUUCGUGAGCAGACGGAAAAACAACGUAUGAUUUGGGCGUACAAGAUUCUUUUCUUGGACGUCAUGUUCCCACUCGACUUGGAUCGGGUGAUUUUUGUGGACGCAGAUCAGAUUGUACGCUCUGACUUGAAGGAGCUGGUGGAUAUGGACUUGCGUAAUGCACCAUAUGGCUACCCACCAAUGGGCGAUGACAGCGAAGAUAUGGACGGCUAUCGGUUCUGGAAGAAGGGAUACUGGAAGGCAUUCCUCCGUGGUCGAACAUAUCAUAUCUCUGCCCUGUAUGUCGUGGAUUUACAGCGAUUCCGUUACAUGGCGGCGGGUGAUAUCCUUCGACGCCACUAUCAACGCCUAACUGCGGAUCCGAACUCGCUGGCGAAUUUAGAUCAGGACUUGCCGAAUCAUUUGCAAACCUACUUACCUAUUUACACGCUUGAUAAAACAUGGCUCUGGUGCGAGACAUGGUGCUCUUACGAUUGGUUGUCUCAAGCGAAGACCAUCGAUUUGUGCAGUAAUCCCAAGACGAAAGAACCGAAACUGGAUAGGGCUCGUCGUCAAAUUCCAGAAUGGACGGAGCUUGACAAUGAGGUGGCUGCGUUGGCUCAUUCCUUACAAGCCAAGUCUUUCGACUCAAACGCACCCGUCGAGAUGCAUGAUGAGCUGUAA